AUGUUGAAUCUGAGUAGAUUUAUAACAUCGACAUGUCGAUCAACAACAUUUAUAUCAUCAUCAACAUCAACUACAUCGUUGUUAAAUCCUCUGAUCAAUAAUAAUGCAUUCGGUUUAACAUCACUUACAUCACGCGCACUCAACUUACUCAACAAUAGUACAUCACAGUCAUCACUCAACUACUCCACUUCAUACUCAAUCGACUCAAAUGACUAUGACAACAACAAUACAAGAGGCGGAGGUGGUCGUGGUGGUGGCAACAGAGGCAGCAGAGGUGGUCAUGGCGGAUCAUCCCGAGGUGGACCAUCACAACAGAGAUCAUCCUCAUCAAGAGAGGUCAUAAUAGACUCAUAUAAACAGUCACAAUUACAGCCACGAACACAGACACAGACAAAGACAGCUACAAGACGAUACGACAAUGACGAUGAAGAUGAAGGCGAGGACAGCAAAUACAUCAGUGAGGAUAAUGAUGACGAUGAUACCACUCAACUACAACAACAAGUAAAGGACAUCGAUGGCAAUGAGAAGAAACUUCAACGUAGACAUUGGCAUCCACUUCGAAAUCUGAUGGACAAUGAUGUGUGGCGAGUCAUCGAACAGAUGCAAUGGAGUGCACCAACCGAUAUACAACUCGAGCUGAUACCAAACAUACUCAAGUGUAGGAAUAUACUGGCAUCAUCAAAGACUGGAAGUGGCAAGACUGCUUCGUACGCGAUACCAAUGAUCCAGAUUGUACAUAGCAUCAAGAAGAAGAUAGCAAGUGGAGUGGAGACAACAGAGGCAGCAGCAUCAGAGGGUGGCAAUAGCCCCACUCAUAUACCAGUCAUUGUAACAGAGAAGAAGCUGAAUGGCAACGAUCCACUCGGUCUGGUGAUCGUGCCAAGUCGUGAGCUAGCCAUUCAGGUGAGCGAGGAGGUCAGCACGCUGUCGCAGCACAUGGACCUGCGCGUCCAGACCAUCUUUGGCGGCGUGGGCGAGCACACACAACUCAAGAACAUCGGGCUGGGCGUCGACAUUGUGGUCGGCACGCCCGGCCGCAUACUGCAACUGGUCAAGGACGGUCAGCUCAAUCUACGCCAGGUGCACAUCACGGUCAUUGACGAGUUUGACAAGCUGUUCAACUAUGGCUUCUUCCCCGACACCAAGGAGCUGUUUGACAGUCUGCCCCUCAUCCAGAACAGGAGCAGGGAUGGCAUGCAGACAGUGCUGAUCUCGGCCACUGUGAUGCACGAGAAGCACGAUGGACUGAUCUCUCGUUUCUCGCCCAAUCAUACAAUGGUCAACCUCAACCCCGAGCUGCAGGCGCCAAGCCAAGUGCGCCAACAUUUCUAUCACGUGAGCUACCGCAAGAAGAGGAGUCUUUUGCUGUACUUCUUUAGGAGGAGCAAGGGCAAGACAUCGCUCAAGCAUGCCAAGGUGCUGAUCUUUGCGAGGACGCAGCAGCGUGUGGAGAACCUAUGUCGCGCGUUGGAGGAGAACAAGAUCAAGGCCAUCAGUAUCCAUGCAGACUUCUCGCCGGCCAAGCGAGCGGAAGCCGUUGAGAAGUUCAAGUCUGAUGAGUAUCAGGUGUUGGUGGCCACUGAUGUCAUGGCGCGUGGCGUGCACAUUGAGAACCUGGACGCAGUCGUCAACUUUGAUGUGCCUCACGUGUCGGAGGACUACCUACACAGGAUUGGACGUGCUGGUCGCCUUGGCCAACAAGGCUUCGCUCUAACAUUCGUGUCGCGUCAAAAGCUGGUGUUUGAGGUUGGCAAGCGAACAGUUGGAUUGGACGAGAAGCACUUGGUGUCAAACAUUGAGAAGGUGAUGGCCAAGGACGUCAGGUUCUCCAAGGUGCCUGGCCCAUGGGUCGAAGAGGGAGGUGAAGAGCUAGACCACGACAUCAGAGUCAAGUCAGAAGAUAGACCUUACGACGAUCAUCCACAUCAACAUCAACAACAUCAACAACAACAACAGGAUCAUAACGAAUCAUCAACUACAACUGGCGACUACACAAUGGACAAAGAACAGAGACAUCAUCAACGAAAGGAGAACAAGGCAGUGGCCGACCUGCUCAUUCAGAAGAAUAUCUUGGAGACUUACAAGGGCCCCAAGUCCAUGGAUGGCAUGCCAAGAGUGCGUUUCAAUCCAAACGCCAAGGUGAAGAACAGAAAGAUGUCCAAGCUCAAGAUCGACAGGAAGGGUGAGAUCCUCGACCUGCCGCCCAUCACCGACUUUGAGGAGGGCAGAUACGAGGCAGUCAUCGAGGGCUUUGACAAGAAGAGAGCAAAGCGUCUUGGUGUCGGAGUCAAGAUGAGAGAGAAGAAGGUGUUCAAGCCAUCCAGGAUUGUGACCAAGCGCCAGAUGAAACGUAAUGAUUCACAACAAGGUGGUGUUGGUAAUGAGGAAGCAUCAUGGCAAUAA